CACUUUUUUCUGAAAUGGCCCCGUUUUGUCUUGCCAUAUUCUGUUUUGCUUUGUUUUGUUUUGUUUCGAUGUCAGAUUUACAACGAACCGAACAUGAAUUUCAUAUCUAGGUAGUACAUUGUAGCGCGGAGAGAAUGGUCGUGCGCUUCCYCGAGAGAUUUUAUGGUUCCACUUCACUUUUAGGAACCCUGCACUUCAGCUCUCCCAGCGUGAGUUGUAAUGGACAAAUUUUAAGUGUUCGUUUCAUUCUUUAUACGUGCACGGGGAUAAGGGUGUUGGUCGCAGCAACCACUGCUGCCGUGCAUUGCGGUUCCUUGCCGUAUUGUGAUAGGAGAGCGGCCAGAGUGGCAGCAGCCAGGGGCAGAGAUGGGUUUGGCACCGGCUUGGAGGCGGGACUUGCUGCCGCUGAAGCGGGAACAACGGAGGCGGCGGCGGUGCUGCGAUCGUCGUCCGUUGUCAUMGCCGAGGCAUCGCAACACGCUGCCGACUGUCUAGGAGACUGAGGUACCGACAUGGGAACACUAGAAGCCGCUGCAGUGCUGGUUUCUACGAUUUCUUGGAGGGCCCCCGCGACCUGUGCGCUUUCCUGAGUAUCCUUCGGAGAGGUGAUCGCUUCUAUGAGACGAUCAACAAUCAAUUCCUGAAUAUCUCGAGGGAGAAGACUCAAGGCAUCUGAUAGACGAUUCAUKAGUUCUGCUCGGGGUCGAUUCUUAUUUGCAUCAUUCGGAUUCGUUGUGGACGAAGAAGCUGAGAAAGAAUAAUUGUUACCCAACAUCAUGCUGUCGGUAUCAGUUGCCAAAUCCAUCACAUCCAGGAUGUCAUCUCUCUCUGGUAAAAGUGCCGAAAACUCCGAGGACAUACUCGAUUCCCGGACUGACAUAUCGCUUUUGAUAUUUGGUGGCACCGCACUGCAGGGUGCACGUGCAUCGUUGUCAGCCGAGUCAAGGGGAAACGAUGGUAAGGGUGGUAAUGGCAUCGACAACGCAUCGUCUGGYAGGGCGAUUCUGGAAGAGAUCUCGUCCGGGACACAACCUUUUGUUGGGUUAGAUUGGAGUUUUGUAGUCUUUGCCCUCUUGUUGUUUUCGUUAACUAGGGGAGAAGUAUCAACUGUUUCGGUCUUCAUCUUUUGAGCAAUCGAAACAUUCUGAACCAUGGUCGUCAACAAAUCAAUGUUCUUGUUCAUGGCUUCAAUACGUUCUUUCAAAGAGGUGACCUCCGACUUCAGCUCAAUGUUUUCUUUUCCUAUGGAUGCAGAAGAAUCUACACCAUCUGGAGUGGUCAUCUUUCUGUUGUUGUUGGCACCCAUUGUACCGUUCGCCUUUUUUGUUCCCGAUCCCCUUGGUGUGCUGCUCGAUCGUUUGAUUUCUUGGAGCCAAUCGGGCUUGCCUUUUUGAAACUUUGGGUGAUAAAAUCUCCAGUAGUUUGCGGUGGCAGCUUCUAGAGCGGCAUCGAUUCGGAUCGAGUCGUUGGUCUUGAUUUUGCGAAAGGCGUAAAAGUUAAGUUGUCGGACAAAGGAACUGAAUUUCGAGUGCUUGAAAAAUUGAGGAAUGAUUUCCUGCUCAAAUUUCUUCGGGUGCUUCACGAUGAAUGUCUCUCCAUCUUCAGACCACGAGCAAAUCUCUGGAUUGCAGGUAUCGACCAUGUGGUAGGUCUCUGUUGGUUCGCACAUUGGAUAGUUAUAACAUGAUUCCAAAUCAUAGUUUUCAUCAAGUUGUGUCCGUAAGAGACAAGGCGCGACAAAACGAAAGAGACACGAGUGGAAAGGAGUAUGUAGAAAUGACAUGUGUGAGAAGUACUGAAACAAAUCCAUACGAAAUAGUUUUCUAGCAAAGACAGUCAUCUCCAGCAAGAUCUGUCUCCAUUGAMYGCGAAUAUCGCUCGGUCAUUCAUCUUCUGUCCAUUUGCCUUGGCGUAAUUCUUUAUGCCAUGAUCGGUCAUUCUCGUGUGUCUCGGGAUCUCUAUGACGAGAGGCGGAUUGACUCUUUCGACAUAGUAUGCCUUCUUAUUAAAACGCUUUAUUUCUGGUUCGGUCAUUCGUCCCCUCCGUCCAUCUUAUCCACGAAUGAACCUCGUAUCUGUCACCUCUAGCCGUAUCUAAGAGGAUCUGAAUUUCAUAACCCAACCAUGGYAUGGGACGAAAAUUACGCACUACACUUCAAAUAUAAAAUCAAUAUUUCAAGGACAGUUCCACUUGUUGCAGGACCAUGGAGAGGGAUUGAUGAAGAGGGGACUUUUCACGCCGGGUCGUGCGGAAAACUUGCGAAAUGCAUUCUGGUACUCGGAACUCGUGGGAUCCUACACAGAUGGAUGCGCGGCUGAGGCCAUAAAAUCAACAACUUACUUCGUAGGAAGAUCGGAAUGUCCUGGGAUGCAUCGUUGACYACUAUGGACUUCUUCGGGAGGCUUGAAGCAUGGGUGCUCAUUGUUGUGUUGCUUUUGAUGUUGCUGGUUGUUUUCGUUUCCGUGUUGCUGUUGCUGUUGCUGCUGCUGCUGCUAAUGGCCGAAGUCAUGGGAUCGAUUGGAUGGAGGCUUGUUUCCGUCGUUGGAUUCUGAAUAAUGACGGUGGAAUUUCGAAGAUUUUUCUGUAGCCAUGAUCGUACGAGAUUUUAAAGUCAGUGCUGUCCAACGGUGAGAAAGCAUUGCAAGCUGGCUCGCCAAGAAGGAACGCGCAGUGCGGCGGSCGACUUCUGUUUGGUGUCUUGUGUGUCAGCUGGGUCGCACGGCAUGUGCGCGCAUGAAUGCGCAAUUCUCAUCAUUCUGAGUGUGUUUCAAACCYAAAAUAGCCUAUCAGAACUAUCUUGGUGUGAUGUUCCGACCGGUAGUAUUUCAAAAUGAAUCCGAAGUACACUACUUAUGGGUAAACUUUUGACUCAGGGGUACGUCAUAGCCUGCGAACCGUCGAAUGCGAUGACUCUUUUAAACGCAUUUUGAGAGCUCGAGAUUGACUCAUACGUACCGGGUACCGUACUGUCAUACAGUAGAAGUAGAUCGGACAGGUACCACGUUCGUACCUUACAGUACCUGGUACCUCGUACUUUAUUGCGGAAUUCAAAUCCGCGGGAAAUAAUCGGAGUAUGCGUUAAAAUCGAAAAAUGUCAUCGGAAUCAAGAUAGAAGAAGGUUGAACAAGGAGUGGUGGAGGGGUGUCAAAAUGUAGAGAUUCUGUAUUCCUUUUACAUGUGUUGACGAAGGUAAAAAAGUGAAAAAUCUCUA